UUGAAGGGGCUGCAUUAUGUAAGCACAACAGUACUACAAUAUAAUACGUUCAUACUUACAUUAUAUUAUUGACAAUAUGUCUUCAGUUUAUAUUAAAAUGCAGCAAAUGUUUUGGAAUUGGUUGAUUAUUCUUUUUUUAACCAGUAGUCUUCAGUGUCUUUAAAAAGAAAAAAAAGGAAAAAAACAUGACAAACGUCUUUCUUUUCGGGCAGGAAAUCAGACGACUAGGAAAUAAAAACAAAGUGUCAGUCAAGCUCCACAGCAGACAAGCUGCUCUAAGGCUGAAUGCAUCCAAUUAAAGUCUAGAUGAGCUCUCAAGUUCACACAUCUCACGUUAUCUCUUGAAAAGGAAACUGUUUAUUCGAUUGAAUUUGCCAUUUUGUCCUGCCUUUUUGAAGUAUGUUCAUGACUUUUAAACUUCGAUGCUUUUUGCUGACGCCAAUCCUUCUUUUUGGAAUACCUGUUCAUUGCAAAGAGGAGGAAUCCACAAAAAUCAUUCUCCAUGGAGAGAGAGGGGCAAAUAUUCUCAUACCAGGUCUGGAGUCUUCUGGUAGAGUGACCGAGUGGCAAGUCCAGAAAGACCCGGCCAAGAGUUUCGAACCAAUCCUAAUUUAUUUUGCUCAGACGUCUGAGCCAAGCAUUUAUGCUGAGUAUGAUAAAGGCCGCAUUGACUUUUUUCCUGAAAAUGCCUCCUUCCUUUUGCGGAACCUUCAAAAAAGCGACGAAGGCAUGUACAGGAUCACACAAGAUCAAAAGAUAAAGGACAGCAGGCUAUACAAACUCUGUGUGAUGGAAAAGCUUGUGAUCUCAAGAAAGGAUGCAGUGGAGAAUUGCAGCAUCACACUGUCCUGUAACAUAACUGUAGAAGGUCCAUGCAGGUGGCUGAAGGAUGGGGGAAAUAUCUCUCAUGGUAUCUUUCAUCUCAGUAACAACCAGGAAAUCACUCUGGAUGGAACAAGAACUGACGUCUGGGGCACCUACACCUGCAUCAGCGGAUAUCAAACUGUUGAUUACAUUCUGCAGUCUGUUCCAGGUGAGAAAUGCAAUGUUCGGGAAAGCCUGACAACGACAAUCCUUUCAGUAAUAUUUACUGUUACAAUUGUUGCUGUUUUCAUGCUUUUCCUUUGGAAAGGCCGAAGAUCUCAAAGGGCCUUGAUAAACGAUGCUGGAGGUCCAACAGUAAUGUACAAUGAAGCUACAAGUCAAGAAGACACACACCAUUUCUAGUGUAAUAAGAUCUGUGAAAGCGUUAAU